ACCAUGGAUUUCAUUGAGUAUGUUGCUGCGCUAAACCUUGUGCUUCGAGGACGGCUCGAGGAUAAACUCAAGUGGUCUUUCAAGGUGUUUGACAACGAUGACAAUGGGCGACUGGACAGGCACGAGCUGAGAAUAAUUAUUAGGAUCAUCUACAAGAUAAAGAAAGGUUCUGUCAGUGACGAGGCAGGCCAAAUCCGCCUUACACCUGAAGAGGUUUGUGACCGUAUCUUCCAGAAAAUUGACGAGAAUGGUGACGGUCAGCUAACUCUGGAGGAGUUUGUGGAGGGGGCAAAGAGAGACCCCUGGGUGCAAAAACUCAUACGCCUGGAUAUCAACCCCAGUUACUGGGUCCACCAGCACUUGAGUGACAGAAAACUCCAGAGUCCAAAACGAUGAACUAAAAUGUCAGACAGGGAGGAGGAGGACAUUGGUUCUCUCUAUUAAAGAGGAUCUGAACCAAAACAACAACUUCUCUGGUUGAAAACGGCCUGUAUUCAUUAUCAUCGACUCUAGUCCCAUAAAAGGAUAACUUUGAUCAUAAAGUCAGUAUCUCUCAAAAUGGGGAUUUGCUAGAUUUAGGAAAUGAAUGACGUUGCCAAAUCCUUGGAUAUUUAAGGAUUGUGUAUGGAUUUCAAUUAUUCCCAGUAUACUCACUCUCCGAGGAGUCAGAAGAAAGCUGAUGCUUCCAGUUUUCAGGGAUACAGUAUUUUCAAACUAACUUCCAUUUCCCCUGAAAAACGGAUGUGGGGACUUCGCUCAGGCAUCUUUCUACAUUAGGUUAGAGCAUCCUGCAUGAUAUUCAAUUGUAUCAGCAGAAUCAACCUACAGCCCAUUUCUUUACAGACAGCAGAAAUUCCCAAUUGAGUCAUUAGCAUACAUCGCCUCCGGGCUUAUUUGAUUGAGACCUUCUCCUACAAUGAGUUUUGAGAAGGAAGCGAGGAGAGAGGACACGAAGAGUAUGCAAUUGAGAUUCUCCCAUUCAAUUUGCCGGCGCAUGCUCUGCAAGGUGUCGAAAGCGUUCCACAGCAAUGCUGGCCCAUGUUGACUCCAAUGCUUCCCAAGUUGGCUGGAUGUCAUUUUAGGUGGUGGACCAUUCUUGACA